UUGCCACCCACACCCACCUCCCGUAUUUAUAAGAUCCCCACUUUAUAUUUUCAUUCCCAAAAAAUCCUAAACAGGAAAAAAAAGAAAAAAAACCUCAAAGAAACCCAACCAUCACAACUAUUCACACAGAAACAAAAUACUAAUCCCCCUAUUUAUUAACCCAGAAAAAAAGCUUAAUAAGAAGAAGAAGAAGAAGGGUGUGAAAGAGGGCUCAAAUGCAAGAAGAAAGUUGGGAACUUUCGGUGUGUCCAAGCUUCAAUAGCUACUCUUCUGAUAAACUCGUGGACGUAGCCGCUAAAGUGACCCGCGAGUUUGAUCAUCGUGAUCACGAUGGUGAGGAAGCGUUCGAGGAAAACGAGGAGUUCGAGUUCGUGUCCGUUCGUAAAGCCGAGGACCACGUGGUCGUGUUGGGCGGUCAGAUCGGUCCGGUUUUCCCGGUGUUCAAUCGCGACCUUCUGUCUGAUCAGAACCCCACCAAAAGUCAACAAAUUACCGACGGCCAGGAUUUGAAGAACAGAGAAGAAGAAGAAGAAGAUGAGGAUGUACGGUGUCUUCGGAUUCCGCUAAAGAAGCUGUUCAGCGAGGAACAUGAUCCGGCGUCGUACUCUUCGUCGUCGUCGGAGGUGGAUGAGCUGGAAGGGGUCCCACCUGGAACAUACUGUGUAUGGACCCCACAUAGUAACAGCCCACCAAAAGCCAUAGCCUCAGCCGCCUCACCGAGCCAAUGCAAGAAAAGCAAUUCAACUGGGACGACAACCUCGUCUAAUACUAAGUCUUCUUCUUCCAAACGUUGGAGGCUUAUGAAUUUGCUUCGAAGGAGUAACAGUGAAGGGAAGGACUCGUUUGUCUUUUUGACUCCGAAGAACAAGGAGGAAGAGAUUAGUAAUAGUAAUAAUAGCUUUGAGGAGGAGAAUUCGAAUCCGAAGGAAAUGAAGAAAGUGGUGGUGGUGAAGAAGAAGAAGAAGAAGGAGAAGGAACAAACGGUGUCGUCUGCGCAUGAAGUGUUUUAUGGGAGGAAGAGGGAAAGCAUGGAGAGGGAUAAGAGAAAGACGUAUUUGCCCUACAGGAAAGAUUUGGUCGGAUUCUGGGCUAGUGUUGGUAGCUUGGGUCGGACCUUCCCUCCUUUCUAAAGGUUCUUACCGGAUCAUCUCUCUCAGUUUGACUUUUUUUUUUUUUUUUUUUUUAAUAUGAUUGAAUUUAUGUACAAUUACUUAAGAAGUGAUGUACCUUAAAAAUUUUUAAAAUUAAAUUUAACUAUAUGAUUUUGCAAAA